AUGAAUCCCCAGCAGCCUUCGAGUUUCCGCAAUCCAGAAUCUACGCCACCACAGCAGAGGGCCCAGCAAGACAAACUCAAAUCAGGUGCGAACUCAAGAUUCGGAAUCAGUGCGGAUAAAAGAUUCAAAUACACAUCGCUGGGUGGUUUCACAGCUGGGGCGGCUAUUGGUUAUGUGCAUGGAAGCAAAAUAGCUGGCUUUCGCUUUCGCGCUGAAAACGCCCAUCGCUUCCCUACGACAAAACCAGGAUGGUACUUGUAUCAUAAAGAUAAGAGCUAUUUGCGUUUCACUACAGGAGUUAACGAGGGCCUAAAAAUGGGAUUUAAGCUAGGCGCUGGUGCCUUUGUGUUCAGCUUCUUCGAAGAGACCGUGGAUAAUGCGCGGCACGAGCGGGAUUUCUUGUCUACAGUCACAGCUGGGUUAGCAUUUUCCGGCUGUUGCAGCUUGCUAGCCCGGCACGAUGUCUACACAGCUGCACGCACGGCGAAAUUCGGCUUGAAAUUCAGUCUGGCAUAUGGCCUGAUACAGGAUCUUCUUUCGUCAUUGAAAGGCAACCCCCCUGCAUACGUUGAUUUCAUACUUGGCAUCCGUAAACCCAAAAUGGAGUGA